AGGAGGAGGGCCUAAGGAAAAAACUUUACUAUCGUGAACCCGGAAGAGGUUGACCAACUCGAGCGGGGAUUUUCGUGAAGGAGCAACAUGGCUGCGCCGGUAGGAUCGGCGGAGUCUCUCCCUCCGCCCAAGAAGAUCGUAGCCCCCACUGUAUCUCAGAUUAACGCGGAGUUCGUGACGCAGCUGGCAAAUAAAUAUUGGGCACCGCACGUCAAGAAAAAGCUGCCAUUUGAAUCAAGGGUUAUUGAAGAUGUGUAUGGAAAAGAAAUUGUUAGGUCAAAAUUUGCUAUUAGAAAGAUAAUGCUACUAGAAUUUAGUCAGUACCUGGAAAAUUACUUAUGGGUGAAUUAUGCUCCUGAAUUGUCUAGCAAAGCUUAUUUGAUGUCCAUCUGUUGUAUGGUGAAUGAAAAGUUCAGAGAAAAUGUUCCAGCUUGGGAGACAUUCAAGAAGAAGCCACAGCAUUUUCCAUUCUUUUUCAAACGUGUGCUGGUGGCCUCCUUGGCAGAGAAGGAUGGUGAAAUCACUCUGCAAGAGCAGACAAUACUCUUGCUGUUCCUUGAUCAUUGUUUCAACAGUUUGGAAGUGGACUUGAUCAGAGAACAAAUCCAGCAACUCAUCUCCCUCCCAAUGUGGAUGGGACUGCAGCCUGCACGUCUACAACUUGAAUUGAAAAAGACACCAAAACUUAAAAAAUUUUGGAAUUUGAUCGAGAAGAAUGAUGAGAAAAUGGAUGAAAAUAUACGAUUACAGACAUAUCAGGAAAGGAGAUUCCUCUCACAGCUUAUCCAGAAAUUUAUCUCUGUAUUAAAGUCAAUAUCCAUUUCAGAUGCCCUCUGUAUGGAUAAAGUGCGCUAUUGUGAAAGGUUUAUUGAAUUUAUGAUAGAUUUAGAGGCUCUGCUUCCAACACGACGAUGGUUUAAUACUAUACUAGAUGACUCCCACCUAGUUGUACAUUGUUAUUUAUCCAGUCUAGCAAAAAGGGACAAAGAAGGACAUCUGUUCUGCCAGCUUUUAGACAUGCUCAAAUUCUACACGGGAUUUGAAAUUAAUGAUCAGACUGGAAAUGCUUUGACUGCAAAUGAAAUGACUACAAUUCAUUAUGAUAGAAUUACUUCCCUCCAGAGAGCUGCCUUUGCACAUUUUCCGGAACUCUACAGUUUUGCCCUCUCAAAUGUAUCUGCUGUAGAUACACGUGAUUCUCUGCUAAAGUUUUUUGGGCCUCUAAGUCCAGAUAUGCUCCACCAGGUGGCAUCAUAUCUCUGCUUACUCCCACCCCUACGUGAAGGAGAAAAUACAACUUAUGAAAAAUACUUUCUGCUUGAACUAUUGGUCUCUCGACAUGAACGUAGAAUUUCUCAAAUUCAGCAGCUUAAUCAGAUGCCUCUGUAUCCCACUGAGAAGAUUAUUUGGGAUGAAAAUAUUGUUCCAACUGAAUACUAUUCUGGAGAAGGUUGUCUUGCCCUCCCAAAAUUGAAUUUACAGUUUCUAACUCUUCAUGAUUACCUCCUAAGAAAUUUCAACCUUUUUCGUCUGGAAUCUACUUAUGAAAUCAGACAAGACAUUGAAGAUAGUGUCAGUAGGAUGAAACCAUGGCAAUCAGAAUAUGGUGGCAUUGUCUUUGGUGGAUGGGCUCGAAUGGCACAGCCAAUUGUUUCUUUCACCAUUGUAGAGGUGGCAAAGCCAAACAUAGGAGAAAAUUGGCCAAUGAGAGUCCGUGCAGAUGUUACAAUUAAUUUGAACAUUAGAGACAACAUCAAAAAUGAAUGGGAAGGUUUGCGCAAACAUGAUGUCUGCUUUCUAAUUACUGUCCGUCCCACUCAGCCCUAUGGUACCAAGUUUGAUAGAAGGCAGCCAUUUGUGGAACAAACUGGCCUUGUUUAUGUCAGGGGGUGUGAAAUCCAGGGUAUGCUGGAUGAUAAGGGACGUGUCAUUGAAGAAGGGCCAGAACCCAAACCAAGACUUAAAGGUGACUCAAGAACAUUUAGAAUUUUCUUGGAUCCUAAUCAAUAUCAACAAGAUAUGGCCAGUACCAUCCAAAGUGGAACAGAAGAUGUAUAUGAAACUUUUAAUAUAAUAAUGAGGAGAAAACCCAAAGAAAACAAUUUUAAAGCUGUUCUGGAGACUAUAAGAAAUCUGAUGAACACAGAGUGUGUCGUUCCUAAUUGGCUGCAUGACAUUAUCCUUGGUUAUGGUGAUCCUGGAAGUGCUCACUAUUCAAAAAUGCCAAUUCAGAUUGCCUGCUUGGAUUUUAAUGAUACCUUCCUUUCCAUUGAUCACUUAAAAGCUAGCUUUCCUGGAUAUAACAUUAAAGUAACAGUGGAAGACCAAGCAUUGCAAAUUCCUCCAUUCAGGAUAACAUUUCCAGUCAGAAGUGAGGCAGGAAAGAAACGGAAAGAGUGCGAUGAAGAAAAUACUGAAAGUUCUAAAACACUAGUUGUUGAACCACAUGUCAUCCCUAACAGAGGUCCUUACCCAUACAAUCAACCUAAGCGCAAUACCAUACAAUUUACUCAUACCCAGAUUGAAGCGAUCCGGGCAGGAAUGCAACCUGGUUUGACAAUGGUAGUAGGGCCACCUGGUACAGGUAAAACUGAUGUGGCAGUGCAGAUAAUAUCUAACCUCUAUCACAACUUUCCUGAGCAGAGGACUCUGAUUGUUACACAUUCCAAUCAGGCUUUGAAUCAACUGUUUGAGAAAAUCAUGGCUCUAGAUGUCGAUGAGCGUCACCUCUUGCGUCUUGGUCAUGGAGAGGAAGAAUUGGAAACAGAGAAAGAUUUUAGCAGGUAUGGAAGAGUAAACUAUGUUCUGUCUCGGAGACUGGAACUUCUGCGAGAGGUUGGGCGAUUACAAGAGAGUUUGGGUGUGCCAGGAGAUGUAUCCUAUACUUGUGAAACAGCUGGCCAUUUCUUUUUAUAUCAAGUAAUGUCUCGCUGGGAAGAGUACAUGAGCAAAGUGAAAGUUAAAGGUAGCAAGCCUUCUGAAGUUGCUGAUAUCUGCAACUUUUUUCCUUUUCAUCAAUAUUUUGCAAAUGCCCCUCAGCCAAUUUUUAAAGGCAGAUCUUACACUGAAGAUAUGGAAAUUGCUGAAGGAUGCUUUAGACAUAUUAAGAAAAUAUUUACUCAACUUGAGGAAUUUAGAGCAUUUGAAUUGCUCCGUAGUGGGCUGGACAGAUCAAAGUAUUUACUUGUGAAGGAAGCGAAGAUUAUUGCAAUGACUUGUACUCAUGCUGCGUUGAAACGCCAUGACUUAGUUGAGCUGGGAUUUAAGUAUGAUAAUAUCUUAAUGGAAGAGGCUGCUCAGAUAUUGGAAAUUGAAACAUUUAUACCACUCCUUUUGCAGAACCCACAAGAUGGGUUCAGCCGAUUAAAGCGGUGGAUAAUGAUUGGGGAUCAUCAUCAAUUGCCCCCAGUCAUUAAAAACAUGGCUUUUCAAAAAUACUCAAACAUGGAACAGUCUCUUUUUACACGGUUUGUUCGUGUCGGAGUGCCAACUAUUGACUUGGAUGCUCAAGGGAGAGCAAGAGCAAGCUUAUGUAAUCUCUAUAAUUGGCGAUAUAAGAUACUGGGCAACUUGCCGCAUGUGCAGCUCUUACCUGAAUUCAGAACAGCAAAUGCUGGCUUUUUGUAUGACUUCCAGCUUAUAAAUGUAGAGGAUUUCCAUGGCAUAGGAGAAUCUGAACCAAAUCCUUAUUUCUAUCAGAAUCUUGGUGAGGCAGAAUAUGUUGUUGCACUGUUCAUGUACAUGUGCCUGCUAGGAUACCCUGCAGAAAAGAUAAGCAUCUUGACAACUUACAAUGGGCAGAAACAUCUGAUUCGGGAUAUUAUCAAUCAGCGUUGUGGGAAUAAUCCAUUGAUUGGAAGACCAAAUAAGGUGACAACUGUGGACAGGUUUCAAGGUCAGCAAAAUGAUUACAUCAUCCUUUCACUUGUGCGAACAAAAGCAGUUGGACACUUGAGGGAUGUACGGCGUUUGGUGGUUGCUAUGUCAAGAGCCAGGCUUGGUCUGUAUAUAUUUGCAAGAGUGUCACUAUUCCAGAACUGCUUUGAGCUGACUCCAGCUUUCAGCCAGCUUACUGCUCGUCCUCUUCAGCUGUAUAUAGUUCCUGCAGAGUAUUUUCCAACUGCUCGUCAGAAUGGAAAACAUCCAUCUCAUCAAAUUCAUAUUAUAAAGAAUAUGCCUCAGAUGGCUAAUUUUGUCUACAACAUGUAUAUGCAUAUGAUCCAAACUACACACCAACACCGACAGCAUUUAUUACCUCCUCCAGAACUUGUUGAAGAAAGUGAAAUGUCCAAACCGCAGGAAAAUGAAGGUGUCCAGAGUAAGGAAUCUGAACUGGAAACAGGAACUGAAAUCGAAGCUAUGUCAGGGGAUACUAUAAAAGAGAACAUUUUGAAUGAGAAACCAAAGACAAGAGAGGAAGAAGAGGAGCAUCGGAAAAUGCCUGAACAUCCUGGAAGAGAUAGUGACAGUGAAGACAGUGAAACAGAAAUUGAUGCUGAUAAAUGAACAUUGCCUGUUCAGGUCUGAAAAAAAGUGUUAGCAAAAAAUGACCAUAGAUACCAUAUGUAUCCAUUGUUUUAGUGGAUCAGUUGCUGUAAAUAUUAAUGAUUCUUCAGAUUUCAUUUUUUUGUACUAUAAAUAUGAAAUGAAUCAUUUAUGUGGUCAUAAACAAGGAACAGAAACAAUGCUAUCACAUUUUUAUGUAUUUAGUAAAACAUUUUUAAAUUAU